AUGUCCCCCGAAAAGGCCCAACCAGGUCUCCGCGACCGUUCGACGAACCUACCACGUGCUUCACGGGGUAACUACCCAAUCUCCUCCCAUAUGGAGGCUCCGUCUUCAGUUCAGCCCGACCGGCAAAAGCGAGACGAUACCAUGAAGAAAAAGUGUCUAGAACGGGAUAACGACAGAUGUAUCCUCACCAAACGCGAUCAGCCUAGACUGCAGUGUGCCCAUAUCGUACCCUUCAAGCUGAACGGUUUCAGCGCACGUGAUAAUACCUGGCGAUGGCUUCAACUCUUCUGGGGUCAGGAUCUAGCCGAUAAGUGGAUCGCGGAGCUACUCUGUGGCUCCGAUCAACCGAAUCGGUUAAACACGGAACAGGUCAAGAAUCUGAUCACGCUGGGAAGUCAAGAACAUAACUACUGGGACAAUGGUGUGAAUUGCAUCUGA